UGGAAAAUAGCCCAGUUCCAGAUGAGUCGGAGAGCAAGACGUCGUCGUCCUAAUCAUCAAUCGUUCAGUCAAAGUACUGAGAGACGCACUGGGAAAAGAUGCUCGAUGGCUUCCAUUCAGCACGUACAAAAUCGCUCAAAGUACCGCAAAUAUCUAGAUAUUCUAUAUCGGAACCAGUGAAUGGAUGGGCUAGAGACUAGCACCAGUAUAAAAGGUUGCGUCUCCAAAUCUCUCACACUCUGACUGCUACUCUCCAAACCAAAAGUCCACUGCUAUCAGUGUGAAGUCGAAAAUAAUGAAACGCCUCGACGAACGUCGACAACGUCCCACCAUCAUGGUCUGGUGCGACCGUCAACAUUCGAGCACUCCAGUCUCUCUGUUAGCAGCGAUAGACUCUCUAUCAGCAGCAUCAGACUCUGCAUCACGCGCAGCACCCUCAACUACCUCACUUGCAACCUCAUCCACGCCUCUCCUUCCAGAUGGACACAUCAAAGCAGAGGAUAGACUUCCAAAAAUGAUGCAGGAAAGAGACUCUUGUGCAAAGGUCAUUGAGAAGCAGAAAGAAGACGCUGAAGAUCUUUUUGGGAAGGAGGAUCAAGAAUUGAAGCAUCUGGGAAAUGAUAUGAGAGGUCAGGAAGAUCAGGUUGAUCGGAUGGCAGAGAGACUAAAGAGCUGUGGUCAGUUUGACGUAGUUUCUGAGGAAGUAGGCGGUUACAAGGAGUGGAGGGAAGACAUGAGAAAGGCAGAGAUGGCAAAGGAAGAAGACCUGGUCGAGGAAGAGUCGCCGAAAGCCGAGCAAUCAGAGGUCGAACUGCCAGAGGAAGAGCUACCAAAAGCCGAGCUACCAGAGGAAAAGCUGGUAGAGCCAAAGACGUGGGCAAAUUUGGGUCCUGCAGCUCAUCGCUUUGACGACGCGUAAGCGUUCUAGUGAUGAUGUAUGGAGUGGUUGGCCUAGCCAGGAGACAAACAGAUAGCUUUAUUUGUAGAUCGUGUCAUGCACAGUUUUCUCC